AUGGUAUCUAGGAGGAUGAAUGCAGAGCGAAUUAUACCUAAGAUCAAUCAGUUGAUCUCGGACAAGCUGUUUGAUCUUCUUGUCGCAACCCGUGAUUGGCAUCCACCUAAUCACACUUCGUUUGCUACGCAACAUGAGGCAGAACCUUUUGAACAAGUUCCGUUUUGCAAUCCCCAGGAUAGUCUGAAGAUAAAGCUCGAGACGGUGUGGCCAGAUCAUUGUGUACAAAACAGCUGGGGUGCAGAGUUGGUUUCUGAUUUCAAGGAAGCCUUCGAAAACAGCAGCACCCCACAUCUUUUAAUUUCAAAAGGAUACCUAGUUGACAGAGAAUACUACCUGGCGUUCGGGGACAUAUGGGGAUUACACCAAACUGAAUUAGACUCAGUUUUAAAGGAUCAUAAUAUCGACGAGGUGGUUAUAUGCGGAUUGGCAUUGGAUUAUUGUGUGUUUCAUUCUGCUCUUGACUGUGCUAAGUUGGGUUACUCGACGACUCUUUAUUCCGAUCUCUCUUGUGCCAUUAGUCCAAAAAAUCAUGGCACACAAAUUUCUGCAUUGAGGAGCGCUGGCGUAUCUAUCAAGGCAGGACCAUAUUGA